AUGUUUGACAUCACAAUGAGUAGGACUGAACCAAAUGUUAAGACUCUUAUACAUUACGUGAAGGGAUUGAACGGAUUCACUGGGAUGUGCCCCGAAGAUCAGUUUAUAUUAGCCAGGGGUGCCUACCCUGAGCUUAAUUUCAUGAGAUGCCUUAUACUCGAACAGCAACUAUACAUAUAUUUGCUGCAAAGGUAUCUAUUAAUGAAAUAUGGAUUGGAAUGGGAGUCAAGACUACAGAAACUGAUGAUCACAUUAAGGGACUUACAAGUGAUGAUUGAAUUCCUGAGAAUAUACAGUAGGGAUAAAAAUAAGCACUAUUUGCCAAACUAUGCCUCAAUUCUGAUUCAGGGACUUAAUUAA